UCGGUCUUUGCUAUAUUUCCUCCCCAGCUGGUAAGGGUGGACCUGAGCUCAGCCCCUGCUGAGCCACCUCCUCCUUUAUUCCUGCUGGACUGGUAACAACUUCUCAAAAAUUCUGCUGCUGCUGGAUGAAGCACCCAUGGGUGAGAGGCUGUCUGCUCGCGCUGGGCUUGGGACUGCAGAGGUCGUCCUCAUCCUAGCAGGGCUGUGUGCAUCAAGUCCUGCCCAAAUAAGACUUGUGAAUGGCCCUGACCCCUGCACGGGGCGACUGGAGGUGUUUUACAAUGGCACCUGGGGGACGGUGUGUGACGACCACUGGAGCCUCGCGGAAGCCCGUGUGGUGUGCCGGCAGCUGGGCUGUGGGAUGGGCCUGUCUGCUGUUGGCGGGGCUCGGUAUGGGCGAGGAGAAGACCCCAUCUGGCUGGACAAUGUGCAGUGCAGCGGGACAGAAGCUGCUCUUUCUGAGUGCCGGGCACGGCCCUGGGGAGAUCACAACUGUGGGCAUGGGGAAGACGUCAGCAUUGUGUGCUCGGGGGCACCCGCUCCAAGUCUGACCCGUGCCAGGCUGGUGAAUGGCUCUGGCCCCUGCUCGGGCAGAGUGGAAGUCUUCCAUGACAGCAGAUGGGGCACCGUGUGUGAUGAUGGCUGGAACCUGCUGGAUGCUGAGGUGGUGUGCAGGGAGGUGGGCUGUGGCUCAGCUCUAUCAGCUCCCCCUGGCGCUGCCUUUGGGCAAGGGGCAGGACCCAUCUGGCUGGAUGAAGUGACCUGUGCUGGGACAGAGGCUUCCCUUUCUCUGUGUCAGGCCAGUUCCUGGGGAAGUCAUAAUUGCAAGCAUAGUGAGGAUGCUGGUGUUGAAUGCUCAGAACCAACUCAAGUACGUUUGGUGAAUGGCUCCAGCCAUUGCUCAGGGAGAGUUGAGAUCCACCACAACCAGCAGUGGGGGACAAUUUGUGAUGAUGGCUGGGACCUGAGAGAUGCAGAGGUGGUGUGCCGGCAGCUGGGCUGUGGGAUGGCCGUGUCAGUCCCUGGCAAGGCUCACUUUGGGCAAGGACACGCUCCCAUCUGGCUGGAUGAGGUGAACUGCACAGGGACAGAAGGCGCCAUCACAGAAUGUAGAUUGGAGCCCUGGGGGGAACACAACUGCAAUCACAACGAAGAUGCUAGCGUUGUGUGUUCAGAGCCCACAGAACUGCGGCUAGUGAAUGGCCCAAAUCGCUGUGCUGGGCGGGUGGAGGUGCUUCACCACCAGCAGUGGGGCAGUGUGUGUGACAAUCACUGGGACAUGGAGGAUGCCAAAGUGGUGUGUCGGCAGCUGGGCUGUGGUGCUCCAAUCUCUGCUCCAGGCUGGGCCAAGUUUGGCAGAGGCUACGAUCCCAUCUGGCUGGAGAAAGUGACCUGCUCGGGGACUGAGGCUGCCCUUAGUGAGUGCGAAGCCCAGACAUGGGGAGUCCACAACUGCCACCACGGGGAAGACGCCAGUGUGGUGUGCUCAGAACCAGAGGUGGUUCGGUUGGUGAAUGGCCCAAGCCGCUGUGCUGGGAGAGUUGAAGUCCUUGAGCAGCGCCAAUGGGGGACGGUGUGUGACGAUGCCUGGGACCUGCGUGACGCAGAAGUGGUGUGCCGGCAGCUGGGCUGCGGGACAGCAACUGCAGCUCCAGGCUUGGCUUACUUUGGCCAGGGACAUGGUCCCAUCUGGCUGGCCAAGGUCAACUGCACGGGGACAGAAGCUGCCCUCUCCAAGUGCAGGGCCAGGCCCGAAGGAGUCCACCUCUGCCACCAUGGAGAAGAUGCUGGUGUGGUGUGCUCAGAGCCUCCUGAGGUCCGGCUGGUGAACGGCUCAAACCGCUGCUCUGGGAGAGUCGAGGUGCUGCAUAACCAGCAAUGGGGAAGUGUGUGUGAUGAUGACUGGGACCUGGAUGAUGCACAAGUGGUGUGCCGGCAACUGGGCUGUGGUACAGCUAUCUUGGCUCCGCAUGCAGCUCAGUUUGGGCUGGGGAAUGACCCCAUCUGGCUUGAUGAUGUGAACUGCGCAGGCUCAGAGGCUGCCCUCUCUGAGUGCAGGGCCAGGCCAUGGGGCGAAAACAACUGUAACCACCGAGAAGCUGCCAGUGUGGUGUGUGCAGGACCACUCCAGCUCCAGCUGGUGAAUGGCUCCAGCCGCUGCUCUGGGAGGGUCGAGGUCCUUCGUAACCAGCAGUGGGGGACUGUGUGUGAUGACGACUGGGACCUGAGAGAUGCAGAGGUGGUGUGCCGGCAGCUGGGCUGCGGGAUGGCCGUGUCAGCUCCAGGCUCAGCUGAGUUUGGGCAGGGCUCCAGCCACAUCUGGCUGCAAGGUGUUGAGUGCACAGGGACAGAAGCUGCCCUCUCCAAGUGCAGGGCCAGGCCCGAAGGAGUCCACCUCUGCCACCAUGGAGAAGAUGCUGGUGUGGUGUGCUCAGAGCCUCCUGAGGUCCGGCUGGUGAACGGCUCCAACCGCUGCUCUGGGAGAGUCGAGGUGCUGCAUAACCAGCAAUGGGGAAGUGUGUGUGAUGAUGACUGGGACCUGGAUGAUGCACAAGUGGUGUGCCAGCAACUGAGCUGUGGUACAGCUAUCUGGGCUCCACGUGCGGCUCGGUUUGGGCUGGGGAACGACCCCAUCUGGCUUGAUGAUGUGAACUGCGCAGGCUCAGAGGCUGCCCUCUCUGAGUGCAGGGCCAGGCCAUGGGGCGAAAACAACUGUAAUCACCGAGAAGCUGCCAGUGUGGUGUGUGCAGAACCAGCCCAGCUCCGGCUGGUGAAUGGCUCCCAGCUCCGGCUGGUGAAUGGCUCCAGCCGCUGCUCUGGGAGGGUCGAGGUCCUUCGUAACCAGCAGUGGGGGACUGUGUGUGAUGACGGCUGGGACCUGAGAGAUGCAGAGGUGGUGUGCCGGCAGCUGGGCUGCGGGAUGGCCGUGUCAGCUCCAGGCUCAGCUGAGUUUGGGCAGGGCUCCAGCCACAUCUGGCUGCAAGGUGUUGAGUGCACAGGGACAGAAGCUGCCCUCUCCAAGUGCAGGGCCAGGCCCGAAGGAGUCCACCUCUGCCACCAUGGAGAAGAUGCUGGUGUGGUGUGCUCAGAGCCUCCUGAGGUCCGGCUGGUGAACGGCUCCAACCGCUGCUCUGGGAGAGUCGAGGUGCUGCAUAACCAGCAAUGGGGAAGUGUGUGUGAUGAUGACUGGGACCUGGAUGAUGCACAAGUGGUGUGCCGGCAACUGGGCUGUGGUACAGCUAUCUGGGCUCCACAUGCAGCUCAGUUUGGGCUGGGGAAUGACCCCAUCUGGCUUGAUGAUGUGAACUGCACAGGCUCAGAGGCUGCCCUCUCUGAGUGCAGGGCCAGGCCAUGGGGCGAAAACAACUGUAACCACCGAGAAGCUGCCAGUGUGGUGUGUGCAGAGCCUCCUGAGGUCCGGCUGGUGAACGGCUCCAACCGCUGCUCUGGGAGAGUCGAGGUGCUGCAUAACCAGCAAUGGGGAAGUGUGUGUGAUGAUGACUGGGACCUGGAUGAUGCACAAGUGGUGUGCCGGCAACUGGGCUGUGGUACAGCUAUCUGGGCUCCACGUGCAGCUCGGUUUGGGCUGGGGAAUGACCCCAUCUGGCUUGAUGAUGUGAACUGCACAGGCUCAGAGGCUGCCCUCUCUGAGUGCAGGGCCAGGCCAUGGGGUGACAACAACUGUAACCACCGAGAAGAUGCCAGUGUGGUGUGUGCAGGACCACUCCAGCUCCAGCUGGUGAAUGGCUCCAGCCGCUGCUCUGGGAGGGUCGAGGUUCUUCACAACCAGCAGUGGGGGACUGUGUGUGAUGACGGCUGGGACCUGAGAGAUGCAGAGGUGGUGUGCCGGCAGCUGGGCUGCGGGAUGGCCGUGUCAGCUCCAGGCUCAGCUGAGUUUGGGCAGGGCUCCAGCCACAUCUGGCUGCAAGGUGUUGAGUGCACAGGGACAGAAGCUGCCCUCUCUGAAUGCAGCUCCAGGAUGGGGCAACAGAGUUAUUGCAACCAUGGUAAAGAUGCUGGUGUUGUGUGCUCAGAUCCUGUGGCACUACGACUGGUGAAUGGCUCGAGUUUCUGCGCUGGGAGAGUCGAAGUGCUCCACAAGCAACUGUGGGGAACCGUGUGUGAUGACGGCUGGGACAUGAAUGAUGCUGCAGUCGUGUGCAGGCAGCUGGGCUGUGGGGUGGCAGUCUCAGCCCCUGACAGAGCUUGGUUUGGGCGAGGGCAUAUUGCCAUCUGGAUGGAUGACGUGAACUGCACAGGGGGGGAAGACAACCUCUUGGAGUGCCUGGCCAAACCAUGGGGGGAACACAAUUGUGACCACGGGGAAGAUGCUGGUGUGGUGUGCUCAGGCUAUGCUUCAAUCACACCAUCACAGACUCUGCCACUGCUCCCAUUGCUGGUCUCAGUCAUUUGUCCAGUGUUGAUACUGGUCUGUGGGGCUGUUCUGUGCCUGAAGAGGAGGCAAAUGCGAAAUAGGACUUCUAGUCCCUCUCCAGGCUUUGUACACAUGGACCAGCUGGCUGACAUGUCCACCUAGAUGCCUGGAGCAGAGCAAGUGGAGGCAAAGGAGUCUCACGCUGAUGAUGCCAGCAACAAGUGAGCUCAGUUCCUGUGACCAUCCCAGAUACAAGACUCCAGCUGAUGCAGCUCCAUCCCAGUGCACAGCCCUGUCACCAUGAAGGGCCCUGGAUGAUCCCUUCUCUACAGAGUGAAAUCACCAGAGAUUGACCCAUUGUCAGCUCCAUGCCCACAUCAGCCAGCCACCCGAAGUGAUACAGGGCAUGAAGCACCAGCUGGCAGAAAUGGUCUGUGUGCACAAGAGAAGUGAUGCAUAGAAAUAUUUCAGGUUCCUGUUUUCAUUUUUUUUUUCUUGGUGCAUUUGUGAAAAUAAAAAAAUAAUAAUUCUGUAACACAUAA